AUGGACAAUCUCGGGAGCGACAUGAUGGUCGACUCUGACUACGACGAAAAGCGACUGACGCCAACCGACUCCAACGACAACGUCGCUAUAAUAUCACCAGACGACGCCGAUAGCAUGGUCGAUGAUACAGAGACAACGACCGAUCCCGCACUGCCACAAGCCGAUGACCAUGAAGCGAUGCGCGAACGAUACAUGCCACGGCAACCCGAACAUGAGACCGAGGCGGAAGAGAUAUAUACUUGGGACAUCCAAGAUUGGAGAUCACUACCUAAGAGGACGCACAGCCCGACAUUCACCUGUGGUGGCCAUCCGUGGAGGAUUCUGUUCUUCCCUGCCGGCAAUGCCGCGAACGAAAGCGUUUCCUUCUACUUGGAACAAGGCUUUGGCGAUGACAAACCACCAGAGAAUUGGUAUGCAUGCGCGCAAUUCAUGCUGGUUCUUUCGAAUCCAAAUGAUCCAUCGAUCUACCUCCACCAUGUAGCGAAUCAUCGUUUCACGGCCGAGGAGGGAGACUGGGGUUUCACACGCUUUGCGGAGAAGAAUCGCAUAUUCGCAUCAAAAUUCGACAACGCAGACCGGCCCAUGGUGGAGAACGACUGUGCGAGAGUGACCGCGUACGUCCGCGUGCUGAAGGAUCCGACUGGAGUGCUGUGGCACAACUUCGUCAACUACGACAGCAAGAAGGAGACUGGCAUGGUUGGGUUGCGAAAUCAGGGCGCAACCUGCUACCUAAACUCACUGCUCCAGUCAUUGUACCUGACCGGCGCCUUCCGCAAGGCCGUAUACCAAAUUCCUACCGCCACGCCGGCCGAAAAGGAAGCCUCGAAUUCGGCCUACAAACUGCAGAGAUUGUUCUAUCGUCUGCAGUCGGACCAAACUGCUGUCUCGACGAACGAGCUCACAGUGUCGUUUGGCUGGGAGAGUCGGCAAAUAUUCGAACAGCAAGACGUACAAGAGCUGUCUCGAAUACUCAUGGAAAAGCUGGAAGCCCGCAUGAAAGGCACGGACGCGGAGAACGCAUUGCCAAACAUGUUCGUCGGAAAGAUGAAGACUUAUCUCCGAUGCAUCAACGUGGACUACGAAUCAAGUCGCAUUGAAGACUUCUGGGAUCUCCAGCUCAACGUUUCUGGAUGCAAGAGCGUGGACGACAGUUUCAAGGACUACGUCCAAGUCGAGACCCUGGAAGGCGACAACAAAUACGCCGCGGAAGGCUACGGUCUCCAAGACGCGAAGAAAGGAGUCAUUUUUGAGGCCUUCCCCAAUGUGCUCCAUCUUCAACUCAAACGAUUCGAGUAUGAUUUCCAAAGGGACGCCAUGAUGAAAGUUAACGACCGUUACGAAUUUCCCGAGGUGUUUGAUGCUUCACCCUACCUUGACGAUACUGCCGAUAAGUCCGAGCCUUACAUCUACCAUUUGCAUGGAGUGCUGGUGCACUCUGGAGACCUCAACGCUGGCCAUUACUAUGCUUUCUUGCGACCUGAGAAGAAUGGCGAGUUCUUCAGGUUUGACGACGACAGAGUGACGCGGGCGACGAAGAGGGAGGCCAUUGACGACAACUUUGGCGGCGAAUACUCGGCCAACAAUGGAGGUAAAGGCCAAAAUCCAUAUACCCGGCAGUGGUCGACGAAGCGUUCCAACAACGCCUAUAUGCUUGUGUACAUUCGCGAGAGCCGACUCGAUGAAAUUCUCCCCAAGGACCAGGAUGUUCUACCACCUCCACAUCUCCCGACCGAGAUCGCGGAGGAACGAGCGCAGAUUGAGCGUCGACGCAAGGAGAAGGAGGAAGCACAUCUUUACAUGCCAGUACUUGUGGCGACGGAGCAAAGCUUCAAGUCGUAUCAAGGUGUAGAUUUGAUUCCUUGGGCCUCCGAGGACGCGUCAGAACCAGCGGCCCCCAAGGCGUAUCGCCUACUAAGAACCAUGACGGUGGCAGAGUUCACCACGCAUAUCGCAAAGGAGAACGGUCAGGAGCCAGAUCUCCUCCGACCUUGGAUCAUGGUGAAUCGUCAGAACGGCACCGUCCGACCAGACCAUCCUUUGAUGUGGCCAGAAAUGACACUACAAGAAGCUUCCGACAAGUUUAGCACGCGAACGUCUGGCUUCAGGGUAUUCAUGGAAGAAACCACGCGCGACCAGGAUGGUCAACCCAAAUGGCCAGCCGAUGAAGUGCCAUCUUCGCCGGUAGUCAACGGUCAAGCCGCUCAAUCCCAGAAGCCAAUCAUCUUGUUCUUGAAGCACUUUGAUGUGGAUCGCCAGGUACUCCAAGGCAUCGGACACGUCUACAUGAACCCUCAGGACAAGGCCAUGGACGUGGCCGUACCAAUUCUUGAAAUGAUGGGCUGGGACACCGGAGUUCAGCUUCAACUAUUCGAGGAGAUCAAGCAAAAUUACAUUGAGCCGAUCAAGGCCAAGAACACCCUGCUCAGCUCUGAGAUACAAGAUGGAGACAUCAUAUGUUUCCAGCGCCACCUCACCGAAGAGGAUGCCACAGCACUCAAGCAGAAGAAUCCUACAGCUUGCCUCGAUGCUGUCCAAUUCUACGACUUUUUGAUGAACCGCGUUUUCGUCAACUUCACGCCAAAAAUGUCACCAGCGCCAAAUCUCCAGCUCCGCAACCAGUCCGAGGAGAAGUUUCAGCUGGCUUUGUCGAAGAAAGAUACCUACGACGCACUCGCCCUGAAAGUUGCCGAGUAUCUUUCUUCGGUGUCUGCGGCCCCAGUAGAUCCAUCUCACGUUCGAUUCACCACUGUCAACGUUCAGUCUGGCAAGGCCAGGAGCCCGGUGAAGAAAAUGCAAGGCACGAGCGUCAAUUCGAUACUGUUCUCAACCAGCGGAUACGGCGGCUACAGUUAUACCCCAAGUCAGGCUUCGGACCAGCUGUACUACGAAGUGCUGGAGAUGAGUCUGGCGGAUCUGGAGCAGCAGAAGAACGUUCGCGUCACUUGGCUCACCGAAGGCAUCGCCAAGGAGGAACCGCUCGAUAUUCUGGUACACAAACAGUCACAAUUUACUUCGGUCCUGGACGGCAUACAGAAACGUCUCGACUUGCCGAAUGAAGCUCUCGAACGCAUCCGAUUUUACGAGGUCCAUGGGAACAAGGUUUACAAGACUUUGCCUAACAGCCACGCCGUCGCAGCGCUCAACGAAUUCAUGACUGUCAUCGCCGAACGUGUACCAGAUGAGGAAUCGGAGCUCGAUGCAGAAAAUGGCGAUCGGUUGUUGUUCUGCUUCCACUUCGAAAAGGAGCCUUCAAAGUCCCACGGAGUUCCGUUCAUCUUCCUAAUGAAGGCAGGUGAGAUCUUCAAAGAAACCAAGGAAAGGAUUUCGAAGCGUACUGGCAUCAAGGGUAAGAGUCUCGAGAAGGUCAGGUUCGCAAUCAUCAAGGGUGGUCAAAACUUCAGCAAGCCGGUUUGGAUCGAAGAUGAUGACAUCCUUUCGGACAAGCUUGGCUCGGAUGAUCACCUGGGCCUCGAACAUCCAAACAAGAACCGUAACAACUGGGCGAAAUACGAGAGUCUCAACAUCCGGUAGACGGCAUCUCUCAUGCAUGAGGGAGGCAUGCAUCAUGAUUUCGAAAGACACUGGGUGGAUUCGGCAGGCUUCCUUUGCGAUUGUACAGAUACUCGCGAGCAUUAUGGCGGUCACGAAUGGUUUGGGAGUGCGGUGCUU